AAUGAGACUCCGUGUCAAACCGAUUAAUCGAAGCGGUUACGAAUACAAGACAUCCGCCAUUACGCUUGUAAAAUACAGGCAGGUCAUCUUGAAUUUCUUAACCUUUUGUUGAAAUUUCGAAUGGAUCAACAAAGCAUGACUUUACUACACUCUUCUGGUCCAAUCCAACCGCCUUCAUCAAACGCCCCUCCCCAUCCCAGGCGGCUGAAUCGUAAAGGACAUGGACCAUUACAUGGAAAUUUACAAACUGAACGUUUGUCCCUGAGCGAGGAAGCAAAAUUGCUAUAUUCGCAAGAAAUGUCAUCCAUGCCUAGUAAAACUCCAGUCAGUGUCCUCCAAGAAUUAUUGAGUCGUAGAGGAAUCACUCCAAAGUAUGAAUUGGUGCAAAUAGAAGGUGCUAUUCACGAACCUAUAUUCCGUUACCGUGUAUUUCUCAACAACGAUCUUGUUGCUACCGGUACCGGAAGAUCUAAGAAAGAUGCCAAACACGCUGCUGCAAAGAAUUUGUUAGAUCUCUUGGUUGGAAAAGUCACCCCUGAACAGGCUAAUCAAACAAAUGGAACGCCUGGAGCUGUUGAUAUCACCAACCAAGUGGUAUCACCUUUCGAUGAUAAAGUGAUGGGGAACCCCAUCGGCUGGCUCCAGGAGAUGUGCAUGUCCCGCCGUUGGCCACCACCAUCGUACGAAAUGGAACACGAAGAGGGACUGCCUCACGAAAGACAAUUUACCAUCGCCUGUCAGGUUCUGAAAUUCCGAGAAGUUGGUACUGGCAAGUCCAAGAAACUAGCGAAGAGAAUGGCAGCUCACAAAAUGUGGCAAGCUUUACAAGAUUUGCCACUUGAUGGUAACAAUUUACCUAGUGUAUUUGGAAGCUGUGAAGAUUUUGUUAAUAAACUCGGAAGUGUUCAGAAUCGUUACUCAGGUUUGAAAGAUACUAAAAUUACCAAAUUGAGUAAUCAACAAUCACUCAAAGUGGCCCAUUUCCAUAAAACUUUGAAAAAUGCUGUUGGACAAAAAUUGGCUGAAUUGCAGACUGUUGCUAUCAGCUCCAAGGAUUUCAACUUUGUUCAAUUCCUACAAGAAAUCGCCGCCGAACAAUCAUUUGAAGUAACUUACGUUGAUAUUGAAGAAAAAUCUUUGGCAGGUUGUCACCAAUGCUUGGUGCAAAUUUCAACUCUCCCUGUAGCUGUCUGUUAUGGUACCGGUAAAACUCCGAAAGAGGCAAAAGCUUCAGCAGCUCACCAUGCACUUGAAUACUUGAAAAUCAUGACCAAGAAGCAAAAUUCACUAUAUUUUCCAAUGGUUCUCAUAAAAAUUUUUGGUACACUUUUCAAAUGGACCAUGGGAGUAAAGCAUUUAUCAUCUUCAUCAAAACAAUAUAAUUCCAAUUCUACUGGCAUGAAAGUUACAAUCGUAGGAGGAGCAGGAAACAUUGGCCAGCCCCUAUGUUUGCUUUUGAAACAAUCACCGUUACUAGAUGAGCUAUGUAUACAUGAUAUGGUCCCAACAGCAGGAUUAGCAGGUGAACUUAAUCACGUUGAUACAAAUUGCAAAGUUGUGGCAUAUACAGGAAAAGAGUGCUACCAACAAGCUUUACAAAAUUCCAAGUUGGUGGUAGUAUUAGCCUCUGCACCUAAUUCUGAUCAAAAUCCAGAGAAAAUGUGGUCUGCAAAUGCUAAAAUUGUUCAAGAAAUAGUUACAAAUGUCGGCAAAUAUGCAAACAAGGCAUUUUUGGCAAUUGGUACAAAUCCAAUCAACAGUUUAGUACCUAUGGCUUGCGAAAUAUUAAAAAAACACGGUUGCUAUAAUCCUAACACUAUUUUUGGUAUCACCACUUUAGAUACUGUCAGAGCGAAUACAUUUGCUGCCCGGGCUCUUGGUCUUGAGCCUGAAUGCGUACUAGUACCGGUGAUAGGAGGUCAUACAGAGGAAACCGUAGUACCAGUUUUAUCGAAUACUAAACCUACACCAGAGUACACCCCCGAAGAAAUAGAAAAUAUCACAAUGCAUGUAAAGAAAGCAAACGAUCAUCUGAUGAAAAUGAAACCGGGCGAAAAUGGCGCAUUGGCUAGCGCAUUUGCAUGUGCUAGAUUCAUUAUUUCUUUAGUAAAAGCAAUGAAAGGUUAUCCAGAUAUUAUCGAGUGUGCUUAUGUUGCUUCUAAAAUUCACCCUGAUGCAAAAUAUUUGUCAACCCCCCUUCUGUUAGGGACUGGUGGUAUAUCGAAAAACCUCGGUGUACCCAACCUAACGGAAUUUGAAUCUUGUAAUUUGGAUAAUGCAAUUAUGCACUUGAAAAACGACAUUAAACAAGGAGAAUCGUUUGUCGGGGUUAACGAUAACAUCGAAUGUGACCCUUGCAAUAUACAAGUACCUAGAUGUCCCAGAAAUUGGUGUGAAUACAAGAAAGGUCAAAAAAAUAUGUAAUAUAUAAAAAAAGUUUUUUCAUUCUGGUCCAGUAAAUAAAUUAAAAAUUUUCAUCUGCAAUUGAUAUGCUUCAAUUGAAACAAUGAUGAGGACAAGGAAGUAUUCGAUUGAUCGAAACUACUACUAUGUGUGAAGUUUUUGUUGUUAGAAUGCAACAAAAGAGUUAUUUAUUCAACUAAUUAAGAAAAUAAUUAUAUUUCACCCGAUUUGCGUCCUUAUAAAACUGUAAAUUUCACCCGUGGGCUGAAAUAUGUCAGCAAGUGUGUACAAACUAAGUAAAGUGACUUACGUUUGACGGAAAUGGGUGUUGAAUUUGUUAUGUACAGAUAACUGUUACCAUACUCUCACGCACAUAUGCUGUAAGUAUUUUUUCAUACAUGUAUCGUGUGACAUAAGGUUCGUAGGAGAAAUAGCGAAUAAAACUUGAAAGUAACUUCUCGCAUUUGGGUGUUUUUCAUUCAACUAUUAUGUCGUUCACAACAUUACCACCCAUGAAAAAUUUGUCACUUUUUUCUGUUUAUGUAAUAUCUGUCUGUUUACUUUAUAACAAGAUCUGUUAUUUUUCUUCAUCUGAGGGUCUAUGUCAUAAACUUAUCGAUUUUGUCUGUGAGUCUUAUAGUUUUCAUUCGCUGCUGUAUCUUAAUUGUUCUUGAUAGAUCAAUGAGAUGCAUUGUGUGUCUUCAAUUUCACUUCCUUAUCUGAUUGAACAAUGACUUCAUUGUUUUACACUUGUAGUUAUUAUUACACAAUAAAUCAGGUUUCCUAUGGAAUGUCAAAUUUCAAACAAUAUGUAUUUACUGAAAAUUGUAAAGAGUUUCUUUAUUAUUCAAUGUGUAAUUGAUAUUUUUAUUGUAGGUACGUAAAUGGAAAUUUUUAAUGAUAUAAAAUUAGAAGUUCAUAUCAUUUGUUAAUAUUAUUUCGCUAUUAUUUAUUUGAAGCCAUAGAAAAAGUAUAGUGUAUAACUCGUAUGAAAUACUAAUUUCCCACUUGUAUGAUGUACAAAUUUCAUAUUCGUGGGUAAUGACUAUCAUUUCUUUCUUAUUAAACAAUAUACUGUUAUGUACAAUGCAGGGAAAUGAAUUAUUAAAAUAAUAUUAUUUCUCAAUAUACACUUGAUGACAUUCCAUGGCAAUGUAUGUUUAAUGUUUUAUUUCAUACUGUUUACUCAUAUUUAAUUCAAUUUGAGCAAAAAAAUUUUUUAUUUUUUAUGAGUAAACCGCGGUAAGUAAUAUCUGAUACCUAACCCGAAUGUUUAGCGUUAGUGUUUAUGUGGGCAACAUAUUAUAAUUUGCUUCAGCAGACAAAAUUACUUCUUGUUAGUUGGACUAUUCCAGUCUGGUAAAGUUACUUUACCAAACUGGUCAUGAAUCAUUUUCUAAAGUGAAACUGAUAUGGAAUAAAUUACUUUUUUAUCCUUCCUAAAUUGUUAACAAUGCAUUUUGAAACUGUUUUGAGGGACAAAAAUACUAAAAUGGUUAUAGAACAGAAGAAAACUUUAAGAAACCAGAAAACAACUAAUGACAGCAGCAGAAGAGAUAGGCCUACACUUUAAUAAUGACAAAACAAAGUUUAUGGAAUCGAACUAAGAAUUGCCAAAAGUAACAGCUGUGCCUUAGAAGAAUAUUAACAUCGAAAGAUUUGUUCAGAUCUACAAAAGUUUGAAUUUAUAAGACAAUUUUGAAACGCACACUGAUAUAUGCCUGUGUAACCUGGAUAAUGACUAAUAAAACUAAAGAGAAAUUGGUAAUCUGGGAGAGAAAAAUACUAAGAAGAAUUUUGUGAGGAAAGCGGACAGAGUUAGGAUGAGAGAGAGGAUCAAACCAUGAAAGUCACAGUAUUUUGAAAUAUUUUUUUUUAUUUUAAAUUAAUCAAAAUAAAGGUGUAGUAUG